UAUCAAUCAAUAAAUAAUCAACGAAUAGUUCAACGUAUCUUCCAAACUCUCUAAAAUCCUCUCUUCUCCUUAAAUCGGCUACCAGCAGGUUCUUUCUCUUUUUCCUCAAAUCUUUGUCUGAAUCUCCCUAUUUGUGUUUUGUAAUCACAUCCUAUUACGACAAUCUCAGGCGUCAAGAUCCAUACCCCCAUCACAAGAGCCUAAUUAUGAUUAUCAAUGUUCAAGUGAAUUAGGGUAUUUGCUAGAAAUCAGGUAAAAGUUUCCCAUUUAAAUCCUAAAAUCAGUACUUAUACGUUUUGGGUUUGAUUUUUACUAAUAAAUUUUUACACUUAAAAGUCACAUAACAUUGGUAUAAAAUCUAUGAUUUUUUGAAAAAUUAUAUGGUUUUUGAAGUUCGAAUCAACUGAGGCAAACUGAACAGGCAGGGUCGGGUUCUAAACUAUGCAUAAGAGAUUGUACUAUUCUACUUUGUAAAAUGACAAAUUCUCUCUAUAGCUUGCAAAAUUGUGUUGAUGCAUUGCGAUGUGGUGUCACUGGGUGAUUUAUUUUUGCAUCACUUGUAUCGUCACCAUUUUGUGAUUAUACUUCAAUAUUUGUACUUCUGAUUUUCUGUGUCUAAUUGUGGUAUAAAUAUACAAGAAACUACAAAAGCAAAGAGAGAACCCAACAAAGUUUAAUCAUGCGCCUGACUAGAAGAAUAGCGUAGAGAGCCUUAAACAAGUGCCCAAAAGAGCUCUAACAUAGUUCCAGCAUAUUCUCAAAGCUACAUUCUGCAUAUCCUCUUUGCUAAAAGUGAAAUCAUUAAUUAGCACACCAGUGAAGGUAUAAUACAAGUGCAAAUCAUUGCAAUCAUGUAAUAUAAACCCUAGCUAAAACAUCUUUUUAACUACCACAACCCACCAUGCGGAUUGCGGAGGAGGAGAAAAAGAAGGGUCGCGUGUUACAAGCGUUGAAAUGAUAAUUUAUUCGUUCAAAGUUACGUACGACAAUCACUCGCGACUAAAUCUUUGUUGGUAAUCACUCCGACUAAACCACAAUUACUAUACAUGUAAAUUACCAAAGACGCAUGUUUGAAUUUAGAAAGUUUUCUAUUCGAGUUCAUAGAAUAUUUAGGGUUAGGAUUUGCUGUUCUUAACUCAUUUUUCUUGUAUGGAAAAGAAAUAUUUUAAUGAACCAAAAUAUAUACUCAUUAUUACCCGAAACCAAACAAGAAGAUCAUAAAUGGACAUAGACUUUGCAGAUAUCUUAAAUAUAAUAAUAAGUUAAUUUAAUAACGAAAGCACUAAAGUAAGUCAAAGGAAAAUGGGAAAGAAGUCAAAACCUCGCACUACAUUAAAUUUAUUAUUAUAUGAUUAAUAAUUAAUUUGCAAGAAGAAAUUAAAGAAGGUCAAAAUAUAAUUUUUGUUAUAAAACUUAAGUACUGUCGUUAUCAUUGCCACACCAUGACGACUGGUCACAUUUGAGUCAAAUGUUAUGGGUGGGAAAUUCAUAGAAACCGUAGAAUUAGCAAAGGUUUCCCUUCCACCUUAGUUCAAUGCUUUUUGUAAUGCAAAAUGUUGACGUUUGUCCACUUCAAAAAAAUUCAUAUUUCUUUUCUCUUAAGAAAAAGUUUCAUGCUCAUCGAGCUUGGUUUGAGAAGAUUCGAUCGUGCGAUUCUGAAGCCGGUUUUUCUCAAAGUCAGAAUGAGCCUUCAUUGUUUUCGAGAUCGACAAUCCAAGGUGUUAUUAUCUUACUUAUUUACGUGGAUGAUAUGAUAUUUCACGUGAUAAUCGUGCAGGGCGAUAGAUCUCUGCAUAUCUUAAAGAUAAAGGACAUGAUCAUCAGCUCUUUCAAAUUUCAAUCUCAUCUAUGUAUCUUUCGCUUCAAGUUCAGGAAGACUCAAUUACGAAAUAGAGAACAUAACGAAUGACUCUACAUCGGGAAUGAAUGGAAAUUUCUUUGAUCUCAUUUCAGUGGAGCUUCCAAAAUAGUUAAUGCUCAUCAUCAACAACUCUAGGUUAUGGUGCUACACGCAUGCUGUUAGCCUUGCUAAACAAUAUUAACCAAAAUUAUGGCGGCCAAACAUGAUAUCAAAUCUUUGUGGGGGCCGACCGUGAGAUAUAGAGAAUCAACGAGCAAUUUGGGAGGUUCGGAGGGCUUCGGCCCCAAACCCUAGCUGGUGGAUCGGCCAGUUGCCAUUUUAUAUGUUAGAGGUGGGAGAAAAAAAUUAUACAAACAACAAUAAUGUCCAAAGAUGGGGAAAAAGAAAGGCACUUUGCAAAUAAAAAGCAAAAAAUGGAAUUCCAAAUCUGUACGUCUACCAUGGAUUUUGCUAUCCUUCUCACAAAUGUGAGAAGGUGUUUGUAAGGUGUCUGGUGCUGUUGGAUCGAGCGCGUGCUUUGUUAUUGUUGGAUGGAAGUGGUGUGACGUUCUUGCGAGAAUUGUAAAACCGUAUUUGAAAUUGCAUAAAAAAUUACACAUAUUUUCACCCAUAUUCUUGAGCCGUUUGAGAGGUUGACUCUCGGAUUUCACGCGAGGUUGUGUAUUUAUGUCGUAUUUCAGGACCCGGCGUUGGAAUCGAGGCGAAGGAACGAGAUUUGGGUCGAAAGGAGCAAGUGAGGCUUGAAGUGUGCUGGAGGAAAAAAUACCCGGCCAUGACCAAAAAUACCCGGUCGGGUAUUAUUCUGAGGAGGCCGGGUAUUUAUUGUUUUGGCACCCGUGAGAAACAGGAGGGGUCCCGGGCUGGAGGCAAAAAUCCCCGACCGGGGAUUAUUGGGACAGACCGGGUAUUUUUCCUUUCCUCAAAACGUGCGUUUCAACAAUACCCGGUCGAUACCCAAAAUACCCGACCGGGUAUUUCGACCGGGUAUCGCGACAGGCAGCUGUUUUAAAGGAAAAGAAGGCCAAAGAUCAAGGGGAUUCGAGUUUGAGAGAGAGAGAGAGAUCGAUUCCUAGAGUGAGAAAGUGACGAACAAGAGUCUCCAAGUGCCCUAGCUUGAUCUUCAACACCAUUGGAGGCCAGCUUGAGCUUGGAGAAGUGCCGAUCAACAUCCAGGAGCAAGAAUCCAUCUUUCACAGUAUGAAUUCCGCGUCUGAUUAUGCUUUUGCUUCUUUCUCCAUGGAGUAGUUCUCCCAUUCAUCUGGGUAUGGAGAACCCUAGAUUUGUAUGUUAGGUUUGAUUGUAUGAACCCAAGUACUGAUUCUAUGAUUUGAUUAUAUUCAAUUGAGGUUUGAAUGAUUGAAUGGCAUGAAUCCUGAUCAAAUUCCUGUUGUUUAUGCUUUAACCUAGAAUGAGAAUAUCUGCCUAGGUUGAUAGAGCAUCAUUGAUUGAAGGUAGGGAGUUGGUGACUUUAGUCGAGGAGCCAACUCACUAUUCUGUACCGAAUUCACUUCGGUAGUGGAGGUUUUGUUGUUAGGGCCUCAAUCUGUUUACUCCGGUGGAGGUUAGUCGCCCGCUAGAGACUCAGAUUGAGAGGGUCUGAAGACCUUUAGUCGAGACUUCAGGCUGUUUAGGAACCUUCCGCAGUAUAACUAUCAUAGAAACUGAACUUGGUAAUUACAAUCCGGCUUAACUGCAGUCUAGGGGGAACCAUAUCCGGGUGGCCUCUCUUAACCUGAAUACAACCGUUUACUUGCUUUGUUAGUUUGUUAGUUUAGACUUGCAUUAAAGUUUCAUUGCUAGAUAACAAGAAUUCACUGAGUAGUCAUCAAAUCUAGGACCCGGGUUGACAUUUAAACCCAAACCCGCUAUACUACACUCUAGGAAGUGGUUUCACUUGGCCAAUUCCUGGAGUGACAGUAGAAGUGAGUCAAGUUUUUGGCGCCGUUGCCGAGGACGGCUAAGUUGUUGAAGAAAAGUGAUUUCUGUUAAUUUAGCUUUUCUUUUCGCUUUGUUUGCUUUGUCCCACUUGUGCCUUCACGGGUUUGUUUGCUUGAGUGUGUGCAGGUAGUGCAUGACCCGUAGCCAGUCGGGAGGUUUACUGCCGUUGAACCCAGAGAUUGACCGCACCUGUUGACAACUCAGGAGACAACAGCGAGCUAGACUGGCUACGGAAGAGCGCAUAGACGGCCACCUGAGCAGCGAUUCUGAGGAAGAGUACGGGAUGGACGGAGAAUACAAUCCACACCAGGGGAAUCCUCAGCAGGCUCCCCCGGGGAAUCAGGUCCUGGGGAACAACCCCAUACCCCAGGAUCAUGGGGCUCAUCAUCAUCCACCGCCGUCGGGUCCCACCUUGGAGUACUACUACACUCCACGGAUUGCUGACAUCCGCCCGGUCAUCCUCUACCCGCCUAUUCCAGCAAACAACUUCGAGAUCAAGCCAUGCUGGAUUCAGCUCAUUACAUCCUCUAUCCAGUUCCAUGGCUUGAAGGAUGAGGAGGCCAGAGUGCAUCUUUCCCGUUUUCUGCAGCUGACGAACGGGUUCAAGCUUAAUGGUGUCCCUGAUGAUGAAAUCCGCCUUCACCUUUUCCCUCAUUCUCUGGCGGGGAAUGCUAAGAGGUGGUUGGAGACCCAGCCCCCAUUGUCCAUCACCUCUUGGGACGAUCUGGCCGACAAAUUUGUGCACAGGUACUAUCCGGCAUCGAAGACUACAGAGAUCCAGCGGGAGAUCACUCACUUCCGCCAAGAGUCAGAUGAGUCACUUCGUGAUGUUUGGGAGCGGUACAUGGGAUAUUUCUGGCAGUGUCCCCAUCAUGGCUUUAGUGAUGCAUUCACAGUGGGGAACUUCUACAGUGCUCUCUCUCCGGACAGUCAGAGGGUGAUUGAGUCUCUAUGCCCAGGAGGGGAUAUUCUUACUAAGACUCCACCCGAGUAGUCAUCAAAUCUAGAUCCCGGGUUGACAUUUAAACCCAAACCCGCUAUACUACACUCUAGAAAGUGAUUUCACUUGGCCAAUUCCUGGAGUGACAGUAGAAGUGAGUCAGACAUGGUGUGACGUUCUUGCUAGAAUUGUAAAACCGUAUUUGAAAUUGCACCAAAAAGCUUAAUGGUAGGUAUGUUGUGUUGAAAUCAUGGUAUAAAUCGUGGUACAAUCAUUUCGUGCCGUCAAAAUCCCAUACCGACCGUCAAAAUCGCAUACCGACUUGGAUUUUGACAGACGAUUUUUUUUUUUUCAGUCGGACCACGUCAAGCACCACCUUCCGAGGUCUACCGUCCGUGAAGAAUCAGCAAGUGCAAGGAAGGUCUAACUAUAAAAGAAAAUCGUGGCU